AUGACUAAAAGACCAUUAAGCAUUGAUACAGAUUGUACAGACAACAGCAUGGAACUGUCACCAACUUCUCCAUCUACUGGAUUUACCAAAUAUGGUGUUCGAGUCUCACCAAAACCAUUCUCCAGUCUUUCAAAUUCAUCUUCUCCCAAAUCAUUAAGUGAUGGAUUAGCUUCUAUCAAGGAAAGUAAAUAUUCUCCAGUGGCACCUCCCACUAGGAAAGUUUCUGUGGAUAAAACAUCAGACAGUGUAAAUGGAUCUUCUAAUGGAUCAGCCAGUGUAGAGUAUCCUUUCAGAAAGGAUGAGCCUACUUCUAAUGGUGCUAAAAGUGUCCCCUUCCCAUUUGACAAAUCAGAACCAAGUGUUAAAUCUGUGAAUAAAACAAGUGAAAAUCAAAAUGGACUAUCUGAUGAACUUGUGAUUAAAACUGAUAGUUCUAUAGGAAGUUCACCCAUCAUGUCACCUCAGUCUCCAGCUGCUUUAUCUCCAGCAUUGUCUCCAAGAUCAGAUUCUGGGGAUUCAGGAAUUGAAAAGGCUCCUAAACCUGUCAAGAAACCAGUUCAUUCUUCCAACAUUUAUGUCAACAAAAAUCAAAAUAAUCCAGCAAAGAAAUUAGGAAUUGAUAUUCCCAAAUCUCAUGCAGAGAGUAAAAUAAUUGCUGCUACCUGGGGCAAGGAAACAGAUGAAGUGACAAGUCCCCAACCUGUUAAAAAUCCACCUCCAGUUGCUCCAAAACCAAAAUCAAGAAGUGCUAAAGCCCCUCUGCCAGAUCCACCAAAGAGGCAAGUUGAGACACAGAAAUCUGUAGAGACACCCAUACAGUCGCAGAAAUCAAAUGAUGUAGAAUCACAACCUCCACUACCUACCACCAGACAAAAAUCACCUGGUGUAGAAACAUUGAAAUUGAAUGAUAAACUGAAGAGAUUUGAAACAGAAAUACAGAGACAGACAGAUCUUGCCAAACCUUCUGGUCCACCCCAGGCAGCGGCUCGCAGGACCUCUUCUAGCUCUGAACACUCAACGGCUUCAUUAAGAUCCUCUUCACCUGAUAGAGAUGUCUUUCUCUCUGAUGAAAAGAAGUCCAGUGCUCCAACAAUGGUGUAUUCUACUACUGUCAAAUCCAAAGGAGAUUUACCUAAAGAUCAGGACAAAUCAUAUUCCAUGAAAAUAACAAACCAGGAAAACUCUUUAGAAAUUACAAGAACAGAAGUAAGAAAGCAGUCUGUGGAAGAGCCUAAACGUAAAACUUCUUCAGGAUCAAAUCCAUCACCUCUUUCACCCAGCAGUCCAUUUUAUCAAGAUCUAACUGAAAAACCAGUAAAAGUAAACCCAGUACGCCUAAACAGAGCAUUAGCUCCCAAAGGAAGUUCUCAAAAUCAAAAUGUAGAGAUCAAUUCAACUGUAAAAUUGACAGCUCCAUCUCACCCUCCUCCAGAAACAAAACCCAAGCCAAAAGCAGCCUCAUGGUUUGCAGGUAAGGAGUCCAAUACUAUCACCACAAAUACUGAAUGUACCUCACCCACACCUUCUUCAGUUGUCUGCACUGAGCCUCAUCUUAUUUUUGAGUCUCCUAAAUGUAAAUCACCUAGAAACAAGGGCACCAAAAAGUCACCAAGUGACAGCAUGAACUCACCUACUUCACCAAGAGAACAGUUGGUUCCAUCAGAUACAGCAUCACCUAUUCCUGGUGUCAAAUUGGAGUAUGUAAGUCCAAAGAGUCCAAAACGUGACAUGCAGAGAAAAUUUUCUCAAGAGGAAAUCCAGACCAAAUUUGAUGAUCUUUUAAAUUUGGAUUCAGAGGUUGAAAAAACAAUUGUUGAGUCUACUACAGAAAAUAAAUCUGAUGUACCAGUUAAACAUGAAGAGAUUACCACUAAAAAGGUUGAAAGUGCUGCAUUGAAUGUGAAUAAUUCAGCUUUAGUUAACAAUACUGAAGAUGUGAAGGUAGAUGACAUAGACAUGACACUUGAUGAUUCUUGUGAAUCCAUCAAAGAAGAUGCUAUUGCUGAUAGUAAGGUUCAAACUAUAGAAAAAGAAGAUAAAGAUUCAGAACAAACUAGAACUGAUGACAGACAAAAAGAAAAUACUGAAGGUUUACUUGUAGACCAUGUUGGUACAGUUAUUCCUGACAGUGUGGUAGAACCUUAUGCAGCUGCCUUGGUUGAAAAGGUAAUUGACAGUGCUAAAGAAUGCAUUAUGAAUAGCGAAGAAGACAAUCACCCAUCAACUAAAAAUGCAAUUCAUGAACCAUUAUCUGAAGAUAAAAUGGUUGCUGAUGACACUACACUGGUUAAAAGGUCUGCACCAGCACUUGUGGGAGAAACUUUAAUUCCCGAAGCUGUUGAAUCCGUUCAAACUAGGCCUGAUAUUCUCAGUGAUGUUCAAACAAAAGAUGAAACCAAUGAGGUAUCUAAAAUUGUACCUGAACCUGUGGCUUCUGAAACAGAAAGUGAGAGAUCCUCAUCUCCACCACCAUUGCCAUCAUCAGCCCCACCCCCUCUGCCUUCAUCUCCACCCCCAACAGCAAUACCACCACCAACCUUACUACCUAGUUUUGAAGAUCCACCAGAUUUAGUUGACUUUAUGACAGGAAGUAUCAUCAAACCACCCUCUCAGUUCACUGAUCCACAACCAGACAUAGUCCACAGCUCACCAAUAAUACCGGAAGAUGAAAUCAAGUCAAUGGAAACCAAGACUGUGGCUGCUGCACCUAAUUUAAUUGAAGAUAUUGCUCCAUCUGCUCUUCCUGAUGUAACCAAUGAUAAUAGUGCAAUAAAUGAAAUUGAAAGUAGAGAUCCUGUAGAAAGUGAAAGGAGAACAAGUGAAGUAGAAACUGGUAUUUUAGAUGAUAGUGUAGGCAGUAGUGUAGAUCCUGUUGAAGACCAACUCACAACUCCACAAAGUGAUUCUUUAUUAAACACUGCACGUAAUUCACAGCAUGAUAAUGUUACCUCUCCACAAGAGUCAAGUGAGGCAGACCAAACUAGCACCACUCUGGUGGAUACUGUUACCAAUAGCACCAUGCCAAACCAGACCAACAGCACUGAUUUAAAUGUUGUAAAAGAUUCUAAAAAUGAUUUGUUAGACUCCAAUGAGAAUCUGUUCUCUGCUAAACCAGUUAUAAUUUCUAGUGAUGAGCCUGAAGUCUCAAAUUCUGCAUCUUCAAUUCAGGUUUCAAGUUUCCAGGAAUCCUUGCCCAGAACUGAUCAAGAUGACACAAAUAACAAGAUCUAUUCAUCAACACCAGCUAAAAGUUUGGGAACCCCAACUCUAGUAGCUACUGAUAUUGAUAUUGAUAGCUCUUUUAAAUCUGAUAUUUCAAAUGACACAUUACUGGACAAUACAAACAAUAGUGAGUAUGUGAAUAUUUCAAUGACCAGUAAUGGACCUGAUGUGACAAAUGAAGCUCUGAAAAUUUCUAGUAGUUCUACAAGUAAAAGAGACUGGACAUUUGUAACAAGUGAUAAAGACACUAGUGUUAUUGAAGGAAAAGCAAACGUUUCCUUUGAAUUCUUGGACUUUACUAAUGUGAGUUUAAUUGAGCCUGAAGAAUUAAAGUGUCUGGUAGAUCAAGCCAAUCAGACUAUGGAUAGAACUGGAGUGUCAUCAUCUAAUCAAAUUAUAGUGGUUUUACUCCAUAGAAAUGAACCAACAGAUAAAGUUGGACUAGAAUUAAUGAAAGGGUCACAAGGAAAAGUUAUAGUAAGUAUGACUUCCCUACUUUAA